AUGGCUUCGCCAGCCCUUCACCCCAUACGGCCAUCCGGCUGGAUUGAUCCACGACGCCCUGCAGAAUAUCCCAUAGUUCUCGGAGACAGCCUGAAAGAGAGCGGGACUGGCAGCCCCAAAAAGUCUCUCUUGAACAUUCGUUAUAACUGGCAGCCGAAAUCCGGAUUUGGCUCUCGAGAAAGCAAACUGACCAAGUCAGGAGAUGAAUAUCAACUUCUCAUUGCAAGCGGGGGCUCGGAAGAUGAUGGGGACUUCCGAUACACGGGAGUUAUGAACCUCUCCGAAGAUGGGAAACCUGAAGAUCGAUCAAGACCAUUAGCUCUCGUGUUCGACAAGGCAAAGUCAUGCUUCAUGCUCGAGACUCUAUCUGCAUCCCUGGACAUGAACCUCAAACAAGGCGCUGGCCACUCAUCCAAGGAAGCUCACGAGCUGCCACAACUACCUACAAGGCAACCUCAAAGUACAAAGUCGGUGCAGACAAACGCGUCCAGGCACACGUCACCCGCACCGGAGGAUGAGACUCCUGAUGCUUCAAAUCCCUACGACUAUCGUCAUUUUCUUGCCGAAGCCCGCGAAAAUAUGGAGAAAUCUGCUCAGCAGCCAGGCAACCGCACGCCCUUGAGCGGACUCUCUACGCCUGUGCCUUCGGGAAGCCGGUUCUCAGCAACGACGCCGCAGUUUAAACCCACUCCGGUCACAUCACACCCUACCACACAGCGGAAGAAGAGAAGUGAUGGUCCAACACAUGGCCCUGGCCGGACUACCACGCCGUCAACGAGCUCCAAGGCCGCAACUAAGCGUGACAACCCCAAAACUUCUGCACAGCCUCUGAGCAAAACACACAUAACUGACUCAGACUCAGACGACGACGAAACACUUGCUGUAUCGCGUCCGGGUGCGAAUCCGCGAUCCAAUACCAGUGGAUAUGGUAGCAAUCAAAGACCAAGUCAACGAGUUACCCAAAGCCACACUCGCAAUAUAUCCGCCAACAUCGGCAGCUCACCACAUAUCAUCAUUAAUGACGACGACGGCGGUCUGGAGAUCGACAUGGGCAGCCCGCCUCCUGACGACCGUCCCUCGCGGCGCGGAAGGGUAGACCCCGAAAUGUUCCGCAGCCAUACAGGGACGCCGGUCGGAGGCAUAAGCUCGAAUGCACAGUCGCAACCACUCCCAUCCUUCCGGCCUGGGGCCGACGAGCAAGUCCGCCACAACGAUCGGGAAGUGACGAUGAAGGAUAUUGAGGGGGCCUCCAUCGGCUCGUCUGAUGAGGACGGCGAUGUUGAAGAGUUCGAGCUCGGCAGUCCGCAGGAUAGACGGUUGACUGCACCCGCCAGUGGCGACAUCUCAAGAGCGGAUGAUGAAGAUGAAGACGAAGCAGCGCAGAGCCGACAUCUUGAUAAAAACGUUCACCGUCACCAUCACCAUAAUAUGGAGGAGCCGCCAACGCCCCCUGCUCUAACCACGCGGACCGGACACGACGAUGACGACGAUGACGAAGACCUGCUUGCCGCCGCACUUGAGGCUGCGCUGGAGGAGGAAGAGGAAGAAUCUAAACCUGCUAUGGCUCCCGCCGCGGGCAUUGGGUUGGGCAUUGGCAUUGGCAUGGCCCCGCAAGACGACGAGAGCGAAGUCAGCGAGGAAGAAUAG